AUGUUCAACAUAAACAAAUCAAUUUUGUUUCAAUUAUCAAUUUACACAAGUUUUUUAAUUGGAGUUUUAUCAGCAUUACCAUCAAAUGAAAUAAAAUUAGAAAAAAGAACGCCAGGAAUGAUGCCUAAUUUUUUAGGUAUCGAAGGAGGUAAUGGAGUAGGAGGCGAAAAAAGAGGUAGUGCAGGACACGGAGAAAGUUGUAAGAAGUAUAAAAUCAUAAGUGCAAGAGGUACAGGAGAAUCACAAGGAGGAGGUUAUUUAGGUUAUUCUGGAACGAUUUCAGGUAUCUUGAAAGCUGUACCAAACGGAGGAAAUUAUGAAGUGAAAUAUCCAGCUACAGCUGAUUAUCUUGAUGGACCGAUUCAAGGAUCAAAUGAUGCAUUGAAAUACAUCUUAGAACAAAAGAAAUUAUGUCCAAAACAAGUUUAUGUACUGAUUGGUUAUUCUGAAGGUGCAAUGGUAAUGACUCAAUUAGCUAACAAACCUAAUUUUCCUGGUUCUUCAAUUGUUGCAAUAGCUUUUUAUGGUAAUCCAUACUUCAAAGGAGGUGCACCACAAAACGCAUGUUCAGCCAAAACUGGAUCUGGUGUAGCAUCAGCCACUGGGAUUUCAUUACCAUCAAAAUUUUCAAAAAUCACAUUUGAUUGUUGUCAAAUUGGUGAUAUGAUUUGUCAAACUUCUGGUACAAUCGUUGCACAUUUAACUUACACUGCUUCUGAAAGUGAAAAAUCGGCUGUUAAGUUUGUUGUUGGAAAAUUACAAUCAUUACCUCGUUGA